AGUUACUAUCUAUACCACUUACAGCCAUUUACGUAUCUACACCGAAGGUAUAAAUGCAGUUCUCUAUUUAACCAAAGCGACCCUCUGUGGGUGAGAUCUUCCAUAAAGACAGGACCUGGCUGACUCUGGACUCUGUGAUGCAGAUCGUCUUUGAAGUGAGACCUUUCUGUCAUUGAUUGGCUCCACUCCUGGGAGUUUUUCGGUCUCCAGGAGGCAAAGACAGAUAUCUCAAUGGCUACCAAGGAUGAAGUCCAUCAUGUCCAUCAGUCUCCUGGGCUCUCGGAAGGUGAGGUAAAAGCCACCCAUAAAAGAAGAGAAAAAGUACUGAUGUGUCUGGAAACACUUGGGAUUUAUUGUGAGCAGGUAAGCACUGACAGUCCUAGUAAGGAAAGGAGAUAACAGUCCAGUGGUGUGAGUGGCACACAGAGUGCCAUUUGAAGUGGGGUCUAGUCUCAAGGAAGCAUCAUCUGUUGUCACAAGUUUUCCAGUGGAGGCUGACCGUCCACUGCUGGGAAAAAGAUUCAGGCUGGAAAUUUCCAAGGAGACAAAAGGGAACAGGAGACUGAAUUUUCAGCGGAAUUCCCAGCUGCAAUUCCCAUAUCCAUCAACUAAUUAAUUAUUUGACUUGCCCUUGCAUAUCUCUAUAUGUGUGUCAUGACAAUCAGGAAUGGUGCCUGAGGACUGGAAUAAAGCAAAUUUCACCCCAGCCUUCAAACAGGCCAAAAAGGAGGGCCCAGGGAAACACAGGCUAGUCAGCCCCCAUCCCUGGAAAGGUGAUGGAAUCCUGGAGGCCAUCUCUAAGCACAUGGAAGACAAGAAGGUGGGAGACUGUUCAGCAAGUCAAAACAUUAAUGUGUUAUCAACAGCUUUGUAGCCACAAAUCAAAAGCACAGCACUAUAUGAGCUGCUGUGAAGAAAGUUGACUCUGUUCCAGCCAUAGCUAGUACAACAUGUUCUUGAGAAUUUCCUGUGAGCUGGCUCUAAUAGUUUUACCUUCCUCUUUUGGGAGAAAAAAACAGUUCUUGGUGGCAAAAAUGUAACAGAGGUGAUAUCUAUAGGAACACCGGAGUACUGCUCGAAAUGUGUGUAUAUUUUGAACCUACAGCACGGGAGCACAGCACAAAUCUCAGCAGAAUACAGAGGAGAACCCAUUCUGUGACUGUGAGGUAAAGGAAAAAAGAAAUAGGGGAAAAGAGGCAGAUUAUGGAAUGUGUCUUAGAGCAAGGAAGCAUGUCAGAAUAAUGUGCCUAAUAUUGUUGUUCUGGGAUCAGGCGGGGGCCUGCGUGCCAUGAUAGCCCUGCUAGGAACCUUGAUGGAGCUGAAGAAGCAAAAUUUCUUGGAUGCUGUCAUGUAUCUGUGUGGGGUGUCAGGAUCCACUUGGUGUAUGUCCCUCCUGUAUGAGAAUGGGAAAUGGUCAGAAAAACUGAUGUCCCUAGAAGAAGAACUGUGUGAAAGCCUCAGUAAUUCCUCCUGGCAUCUUGGAAAAGCAGAAGAGUACUUGGAGGAGUUAUCAAAAGAUGAAAAUUACUCACUGACCGACUUCUGGGCUGCCUGUUUUGUAUACCAAAUACUGCAGCAGUUUGAUGAGAACGAGCUGGCUGAUCACAGCGAGGCUGUAGAAACUGGAGUAAAUCCAUACCCAAUUUAUGCAGCAGUGGACAAAGAAAAACUGAGUGAAAAAGGUGGAAAUUUUCCAGGGACCUGGUUUGAAUUCACUCCCCAUAGCGCUGGAUAUACUGCCUUGGGUGCUUUUGUGAGUACCAGAUACUUUGGAAGUGAAUUUGAGAAGGGUAACCUGAAGAAAAAGAAGAAGAAAGUCCUUUGUUAUAUGCAAGGCUUAUGGGGGAGUGCUAUUGGAAGCAUGGAAGAAAAUAUCAAGUUCAUACGAGACAUCCUAGGAAGGUUAGUGCAGUUACGGCUCAGGACCCUCUUCGUUGUAUUAGAGAGAGAUACCGUCAUAGCUUGUCAGGCUAAUCUUCUUCUGCUAGACCUUCAGUUGUGUGCUAUAAGUGGGAGUGAUCCUAAGGAAGUCUUCGAGAAAUUGAGGAGUGUAUUGUCAGACGACAAGGAGAAAACUGCGUCCAUCAAACUGUGCACUGCAAUACAUAAUACUUGGGCAAUGAAAACAAGGGAGGAAAGAAUGGCGAGCUGUGCUGAACUGGGCGAACAGAUAGAAAAGGAAUUUGGAGGGCAUCUUGGACAAGGUAUUCCACAAGGAAAGUUACCACCAUCCCAAGCAGUCCUCCUAGGCUCAGUGUGGGGUUUACUUAGAGUGGUGUCUAAAACAGUCCAAUGUGUGUUGACCUGGAAAUGGGGAACGACUCAUAACUUCCUUUACAAAUCCCCUAACAUUAAGCCCUCUUACCUGGUCGAAAACAAAAUCAUCUCUUUGAUUGAUGCUGGUCUGGCGAUAAAUUCUGCCUAUCCUCUGGUACUUCAAGCACAGCGGCAAACAGAUCUGAUCAUCUCCUUUGAUUUCAGCUCCGGAGAUCCUUUUGAGACUAUCAAGAAAGCAGCUUCAUACUGUCAGGAAAACCAUAUCCCAUUUCCCAAUAUAAAGGAUCAGAAAAUGGAUGAGAACAACCCUUCUGAUUGCUAUAUCUUCCGAGGAGACAAGUCAUGCCCCACGGUCAUGCACUUUCCACUCUUCAACAACGUGAAUUGUUCUGGUGAAAUAGAAGAUUACAGAAAACGAUUUUCCACCUUUCGAAUGUCCUUUCCAGGGGAAGCCAUCAAAGAUCUUCUUAAGAAAGCAGGGUUGAAUGUAUCCAACAAUAGGGCUAAGAUUCGGAAUGAAAUAAACCGGCUUGUGUUGUCCUCUCGUACAAAGGAGUUACAAAAGAGAGUGUUUGUUUCCUUCUAUACAAGAUGAUGGAUUUAUGAAUCAGUCCUGUUGCAGAUUAUCUCAAGUUUUACUGAACCUUUCUAUGUUUUGUGUUUGAUUAUGAAGCAGUUAUCUAUAAGAACAUCUUGAUUUAAGAAGUUAGCCUCUUUCUUAGCGUGGGAUGCUGUGUUAGCUCAGAAAUAAGAUGCUAUGUGGCUUGAAGUCCCUGUUCUCUGUGACAUGCUAGCCUUAGUCCUUACUCUCUAGAGCAUAACCAAAGCGCCUAGGGUCUAUGGUAUAUAGGAUGAGUUAUGUGACAACCUGGCAAGGUAGAAAUCUCACUGGCCAACUUGGCAACAAAACUUACUUUUAAGGUGACCUGAAGUAAACUGCCUUCAUUAUAAUGCUAAAAAGCGCACCCACAGAUCGAGAAGACCCUCACCCAAGUGAAGACCCUUCCCUUGUGCAAGCGUGGUAGCAGAAGAGAAUGACGCUGCAGAUGUUAUAAUUGUAUGUAAAUCACUAACCAGUCACUGUAACUGGGAGUGUACUAUCUUGUGAUUUUUGUGUACAAAUGUAAGGAUGAAAUCGGCAUUGGGUAUGCUUGAUUUGUGGAAAUUCCACCCAGCACCAGCACCGCAGUAAAGAAGUGCCUGCUUCUUAAUGCUACAUUGGUGUUAAGGAGUUUUAUUCUCGUGAUUUUCAGUGACAGUCCAAAUGGUAUACCUUAUCCCACUGCACUUUUCAUUUUGGCCAUUUGUUGUUAGUUUUCACACUGUGCUCUGUACAACUCUUAACAAAUUUCUCCAUCUCAACCACCUCUCUAAGUUCCUCUACAGACAAAAGAACCAAAAAGGUGCUCUUAGGGAGUGAAUAAUUUGGCACAUUUUAAAUGUGAGACUGAGAUGAUCUGAGUCUCUGAAGGGCUUUUUAUGUGUAUCAGAUUUAAAACUUUAUUGUUUAUUAAAUAUGAGCUAUAGCUUGUUCCUAAUGGCAGACAUAUUUGGCUUUAUCCUACAGUGUACUGCAUAAUCCCAGUCAAAGAAUUUAUCUAUCAUAACCUGGCAUUGAACAAGUGUAUUUGUG